CUCGAGCUCCGAAGGACUGGCGAGUGGUAUGGACCCAUCCUGAAGUUUCUUACCGCGGAUUGAGGUCGAGCUCUGACCACGGUGAAUGUACCUGAAGUUGACCAUGGCCGGGAAUUUGACAGAUAAUGACACUCUGCAGAUUGACCAGAUUAAAACCAUCACUUAUGUAUACAUCGCAUUUCUCACGCCCAGUGUCAUUGGGAGUUUUUCUGUCUUCUUGGUUUCAUUACUGCGAUGGAGGAAUCUUCAAGAACAGAGGCAGCUCCUCGUCCAGCUGUCUCUGGCUGACCUCCUGGCCUCCUCCGUGCUUCUGUCCAUCACGUCCUCCAACGUCAUUUCUACAGGACAAGAGCCCAAUCUGUGCCUCUAUGGCCUGCCUCUGGCUCUGGUGUUUUACUGCCUCUCAUUCAUGCUGGUCAACAGUUAUGCUCUUAAGUCCAAGAACGUGGUGCAGGGAUGGAGGACGCGACCAGCCGGCUCUGAGGACGUGCAGAGUGGAAGAACAAAAGAGAAUGUCCAUUAUGCAUUGCUGUGGGUAUUCCUCAUUGGGGUGUACGUGAUCUAUGCCGUGUUUAUGGCUUCACCAAAUACUAAAACACGCACUGGAAUUACUGAGCCUGAGUAUUGUAAAAGGUGUAUUUUGUUCUCACAUGUGUGGAAAGACGACUGUUCUGUUUACGACUUCAAGCAUCAAGCGCCCGUCUAUUUUUUCCUGUUUUUUUUGGUGGUGGAAGUUAUACUGUCCUGCACGGUGAUUUACCAUGACAUCUUUAAGUGGCACGAGGGCCAGCAGCAGCGGCAGCAGGGCCUGUUUCCUGUGGAGGGAGACGGACAGUCCACAAAGAGGUUCAAACAUCUCAAGUACACUGCCCGGAACAGGGUACUGGUCAUCAUCGUCUGCUGGACCCCAGCUCUGCUCCUCUUCGGGAUGACGUGGGCCAUUGAACAGUCUAGACUCUUUCCACUGUACAUCAUACAGGCUGCUACAGUCUCACUACAAGGCUUUGUGAACAGUAUGGUGUAUGCAUGGAAGAGACCCAACUUCACAGAGGCAGUUUUAGGGGAGCGAACUCCUCUCAUCAUCUACAACCACGUGUCAUUCUUCGAGGAAUCACUCAAAACGUCUGUAUGACAAAUACACGACUCAUGCUUUUUUGUGCACUGGACUAUAUACAGAAGAGUACACGGGGCUAAGACUGAAGAAAAUAUGUGAAGGAAGCUCAACAUUACAGAGCGCUGAAGGUGAGCAGCAAAUAGUAGCAUGUUAUAAGUUAUUACGUUUGGACACUUUGUUUAUGAAAAUACUUAAGUUAUUUUAGGCUGACAGAGAAGACUUUGGACUUCGUGUCAGUUUUUGUUUCAUGUGGAUAGUUGCAGUACUUACUGCUUAAUUUUGGACAAAAGGAAUAAUCAUAAUUCAAACUAUGAUCAUACAAAACAAUUAUUUGCCCCACCUUUGAGAAGGUGGGGCAUGAAGACAAUGAACAGAAAAAAGUAAAGUAGGUGACGUGACGAUAUUCAAUAUUUAAUGAUGAUAUUUUUAGUCUUUUUAAACAGACUCAUGAAGAAAAAAAAUGGAAAUGGAAGUGUUAUAUGGCCAACAUGUAACAAAUGAUUUGAUGUCCCUGAUAAAUACAUUUUGAUAUAAUUUUACAAAAGUGAAAAGUAAAUUUUCCACUCAAAGAAGCAUGUAUGUUCGCAUUGAACAUACAUUCAUGUUCAUGUUAUGUUCAUGUUAAUAAUCUUGAGCACUCAAUUUUCAAUUAGAGAACUACUUGAAGAAUUAUUAAUUGCACAGCCCUACACAAACCAGGCCACCAAAUCUGCAUUUUGAUAGUUAAACAGCAAAUUACACCAUAGGCUUCUGACCUGUCCUCAAGCUCAAUUUUAAGCCUCUUUAGAAUGCUGUGAUGUCUUGAACCCAACCUUAGUUCAAUGUGUUCAUUAUACAUUUACAUAAUUUUUUUUGGACUUUCCACCAGUUAAACCAAGUGCAUUGAACUGAGAUACAUAGUGUCUAGAAUGUCCUUGAACCUGCUCUGGUGGCAUUCCUCUAUGCAUUGUUCAGUCACUUCGCACGAGAGAUAGAACACUGAAGCUUCACGUGGACAUGUCUUAACAAGUGCAAACAUAAUUACAUAACUUUACGACUAUAUCUCUGUUUUAACUGUUCAAAGUUAAUGUUUCAUGAGGGACAACAGAUCAUCUGACUGGUGUAAAACUGUACAGUCAAAAUACUGUUUUGUAAUGUGAUGGUUGAAUAUGCUAACGUGCAGAGGUGGGUGCUCAACAGUUACUAUUACUUUUACUUAAAGUGCAUAUGUUUUUCUAAUUAUGACUUGGUUUGGUGGGAUAGUAUCGGUACUAAAUAUUUAUCAUAGUUUUAAACCAGUUUAGUGGCAGUUUGUGGGCACGGAAGGUAUUUUUCUGACAGUAAUAUCUUAUGAAGUGUUAAAAAAAGGAAGUCAAAUUAUAAACUGUGCCAAAAGUUUUAAACUAGAAAAUACUAGGCAAGAGUUUUAGCCACAUUGUAAAUAUAAUAAUUUUGUUUUAGUGAAAUUAAGUCUAACCUGUCAUAUGCACUUUAGGUAUGCACUUUAGGUACUACAAGUUUUACCACACUUUUUUAUUUUAUUUUACCAUAUAUUGUAUUUCUACUUGAGUAACAGAAGAACCUUUUAUGGUUGCUCAUUCCUCACAGUGUUGACAAUAUUUGCAUUUCUUGCACCUUUGAAUACAUUUUUUAGCUUCUCCACCCACUUCUGUUCACUUGUACUUUAAA